AUGAAAGUCACAGCAGCAAUCGAAGAAGUGUUGACACAGUUUGUCGGCUUCCAUCAUGACGACGAGUGGAUGUACGGCGAAGCGGAAGAACGACGUUUGCAGCAGGAGAGCAGCGGGGGUGGUACCACAAUUGGAGGUAUCAUCGGCCCACUCAUAAUCAUUGGGAUAAUUUUGUAUUGUUGCCGAGGAAACAUUAGCUCCUGUUUUCCAUCGGAGGAAGAAAAGUUGGAUAAGGAACGCAGGAAGAUCGAAGCGCGAGCAGAUGUAGAAGCAGCGAAGAAUAGACUUGAAAACACGAAGAUGGAGACUGAAAUAUCUCAGUUUAAAAGGGCAAAUAACGCCGCAGUUGCGCAAAACUUGGCCCAAGGGAGGCUUUAUCAAGCACAAGCAAACACAACAGCUGCCGAGGCACGAGUCCAUGCCUCAACACAGGUUGCGAAUUCGAUGGCUCUCGGCGUGGUUCAAAAUGUGGGUACAGCGGCCACUGUAGAGCCAAUGGAGAUUAUCUCGCCUGCUGACCACAAAGCAAAAAUUGUUGUGGAAGAAAGGUAA